GAUUGUUUUGCAACUAAUGCAGGAGAAAAAUAAUUAAUUAUUGGUUAAUAUAUCAAUACCCAGGAGCUUUCACUGGGUUACUGCCGAAUUUCCAAGAGCCCGAUCCCCUCCCAGCUCGGUCUUCUUUUCGAACGGAUUUGGCUUGAUCUUUCCAUCAUCUGAACUAUCUUCAACGCCUUCCAUAAUUUCUUCCGGGUCUCUACCCAUCAUAUGAUGCUAGGAUUACCAGUGUUAGCCUUCGUGGCUGGAAUGUUAGUGUGGGAUAUCAUUACUAUACUCAUUGCUGAAUCUAUCAUUAGCCGCCGAAGAUGGGUCUAAAAGAAUCCCAAAAUUCAAGAGUACUUACGUCCGAAAUAUACAACCACGGUCCAGUUCAUCAAAGAGGCAGUGAGAUCAUUGCCUUUAUAUGCUGGAAAGCAGAGAAUUGGCAUCAUAACAAGGAUAAACGAAGAGGCGGCCAUUCCAAUUGGCUUGCUGAAUUUGCCAAGAUGCCAUGGUCCACGUCGAAAUCUAUCGCCAACAAAGAAUACGCGAAUAAAAAUAGGGAUGGUGAAAGCAACAUAGGCUGCAAUGGCGCCAACGGAGAAGAUUGCGCCAAUAGCUACGCUUCCGCCAAAGAUCAACAACAAGAGGAGGCAACCUAUCACAGUAUUGAACCAUACGGCAUUGACUGGAGUAUAAGUAGACUUAUUGAUUCUCUUGAUCCACCAAGAACAUGGAAAGCAAUCGUCGCGGGCAUAGGCGAAAGUUACUCGAGAAGCGGCCACCAUACAUCCUUGACCCAUAAAAAAUCCGCACAUAAUAGUGAGGGCAAGAAUAGCGAGCGCGAUCUUCUGUGGCAUCACUUGGACGAGAUACGAUGCCCAUGGUUGUCCAAGUGGGGAAUCAAUGACCUCGGUGAUAUCGAUGACAGUGUAAGCAACAACAAGUUGCAAAGCCCAUCCCAUAAGACCUCCAAUUCCACUGGUCAGAACGAUCGCGCGCGGAGCUGCGAUACUGGCAUUACUGCACUCUUCCGAAAGAUGGAACGGGGCAUCAUAUCCAGACAUUGUCCAAAUAAUGGCGAUAAACGACAUAAGGACUGCGACUCCAUCUGGCCAAUCGGUACCAUUCUGAAUAGACCAGACCUCCUUCGAAGGAAAGAAUUUUGGCGUUGUGGCAGUUCCGGUGACUGACGUUGGAAUCAUAAUGAUUACCACCAACAAAGCUAUCA